AUGGAAAUAGAUACGACGGAUUCUUCUAAUCAUAGCGCGAAGAAUGCGUUCGGCAGCCUGUCAUAUGAAAGUCGUAUCCUUCUCUUACAAGGGCCUUCGAUUCUGCUCAUCGUAUCGCAUUUUGGCACGCCUUCUGAGUAUGCCGAGCUGUGUUCUGCUGCAAUAGGCGUCGUUUCUGUGGAUCGCAGCCGUCAAAUUGCUGAACAAGCUGAUAGCAAUAACCGUCCAUAUGCCAUCGAGUUUCCCGUCUUAGCACUCGCAGCAGCUUCGCAGACGUUCCAGACCGGCUACAAGCAAUGCGCACACGUCUCAUGCGUACCUCUUGCUGUUGGUAAUAUCUUACCAGGCUACGCUAUGUGUGUCCUCGACUGGCUCGUCCGCUGCACAAGGAGCAAGACCCCCAUCUCUUUCCUACCAGAGAAGCCGGAUAUUGAUGGUGAAGAUAAGUGGUAUUGGCUCUAUAGCUAUGCGGCUAUGCGGGCUCUCGGUAUCGAAGCUUACGAAGAUCUUCAGCAGUUCGUCGAACGUCUUAUCGACCAUGAAAACCUUAUUGCAGAGUGCAGCAACUAUCUAUGUCUCCUGCGAGCAUUGCAGCCCUGGGAUCCGAUUGUCGCAUACCUUGCUAGAAGAACAGCCAGGCAGAUGUCGCGAAAUACGCUUGGGUUGUCAGCGGCGCAGUGCGACAACAUAGGCGCUGCACACCCGCAUUUCGCAGCGCUUGUCAACGAGCGGAUGCAGAAGCAAACUUGUUGA